AUGGAGGACUCUCAGCUGAACUGGAGUGACCCUGCCGACGUGCUACAGGGCAUCAUGGUUGACGGUUCAUACCCCCAUCCCGAACUGGCGGACUUCAAAUCGUCCGGGCUGGCGCUGGAGGCCCCGAACCCGCUGCUCGAGCUGGACUUGGGAUCGCUCGAACCCCACCACCAACCCGCUUUUCUGGGGCCGUGGCCGCCAUCCUCGUCCGAGCCCCACGACUUUUAUCCGUCGUACUACCCGGCCUCCCGUCUCACGGCCGAUCAGGAUGCCUGGAACCCGCUGCAGGUCACCGGCGUUCCGCACCCAUCGUCCAUGUCCCAUAUGAACAUGGCGGUCGGGGAUCGCGAUGGCUUCGCGAAGCAUCAUUAUCGGACGCCUUCGGAGAGUGGCAGCCAGUAUAUGGGCAGUUUCCACUCCGCCGACUCGGGGUAUGGGAGUACGAGCUGUGCGACGCACUCGGUGGUUCCCUCUUCGUAUAGCGUCGACUCCAUGUCGAGUCCGCAGGUCGAUGGUAAAGAACAAGGCUUGGGAGAGCCGCUUGCCAUGUUCGAUCAAGCGUAUGUGGGACCCCCGAUGUUUACGAGGGAUCUGGAUUCGGCCCUCGAAUCGGUCAAAUGUGAUCACCCCGCCUGCAAUUGGGUGGGCAAAUGUCCUUCCGAUAAGAGAAAACACGAGGCACGACAUCGCAAGCUGUUCAAAUGUGAUGAGAUGAACUGCCCCCGCAAGGAAGGCUUCGGUACCAUCAACGACUUGGCCCGGCACAAGAAAUGCGUCCACAACAAAGAGCCCGAGCGUGGACCGAAGAUGAUGUACCUCUGCUUUGGAAAGAACUGCCCACGGCCCAACAAGAAGUGGCCCCGGCUGGACAACUUUAAGCAGCAUUUGAGCCGGAUGCAUCAUGAAGAAGAUGCAGACGCACUCCUCAAGAAGUCUAUGGACUGGUAUGAGAACCUCACAGGCCAGCCUGGUCAGAUUGCCGAGGACAGUGCAUCGCAAGACGAUCCCGAUCCCUCGAACGAGACACAGCAGGAUCUGGUCUCCCCCCACGAGAUGGACCUGGAUUCGACUGACUCGUUGGGCCAUCCAGAGGACACCGGGGACUUUCUCCCCUCUGGUGCUACCACUCCCAAGCCUACUCAAUAUGAUCAUACACAGCCCGAGAUCCCUGCACUAGGGGGUCUGGUAUCACUUGCCCGUGAUGGCCGCGACGUAGCGACAGAACGCGGCAGCAUCAAGCCGGAGACGUGCGUCGCCGACGCAGCGGACAACCUGAUCAACGCCAUGACGAAGGUGAUGAACAGCCGCGGACACAGGUCCAGCAAUCACAGCGAUGAGGGGAUCGAGAUUGAGUCAGAUGUCACCCAACUAUCCCCGCCGCAGCGCCAGAUGCUGCAGAAGGUCCUCUCGGUAGCCCUGGAGCGUCUUUCGGACAAGAAUACAUCCACAGAGCCUGAGCCCAUCGACGAUAAGCAGGACUGGUUCCAGUGCGACAUCUGCUCAAAACGCACCCGUCUCCGCUGCGAAAUGAAAAAACACCAAAAGCGCCACGAGCGUCCCUACGGCUGCACGUUUCCGCACUGCGCCAAAUCUUUCGGCAGCAAAGCCGACUGGAAGCGCCACGAGAGCUCCCAACACCUCCACAUCCCCAGCUGGCUCUGCACCCUGCACGACGGUACCAAGGGCACCUCUUGCGCGCGCAUCUUCUACCGCGAGGAAACCUUUGCCCAACACCUGGGUCAGGACCACCGCGUCUCGAAGGCUCGGGUGAAGACCGCCGUGCAUAACAGCCGCCUCGAUUUGGCGGAUCAGCCGCAUUUCUGGUGUGGCUUUUGCACGCGCAAUGUGUCGUUGGGGAAUUGCGGGGCUGCCGCGCUGGAUGAGCGCUUUAAUCAUAUUGACGUGGAACAUUUCAAGAAGGGGGAGAGGGGGGAGGGACUGGAUGCGGGUGACAAUGCGUUCCCGAGCGGAAGUGCUGCGGCGGCGCCGGCGAAUGUGGGCUGUAGGAGUGAGACGGGGCAUGGCUCGGAGAGGAGUUAUCGAAAGCGCAAGUUCUCAGGGUGA